UAGGCGAAUGCUGUUCCAGAACCAUAGAUAAAGAACGAAGUAAUUCAGAAUUAUUUGAUCAUCAAGGAUUUGUGGUCCUGCUGGGAGCUUUGCGUGUUAUGCCAACAAGAUAACAAUUUGAAUAAAAAUCUGGAUAAAGAAUAAACCUGUGUUUGCUGCAUAACGUCUGAUCGUAGUCUAGAUUUACAUUUUAAGAAGGACAUACAGUCAUUUUAGUGAAGUGAUAAAACGGUUCAAUUUUUUUCGUAGAAGUAUUCUAUAUAAUAGCAAAAUAUAAUAACUACAUAAUGUGUUAUAAAGUCAUCAUUUUAGACACUUUUUCUCACGGAAGAAUAAGUACAAUCUCAUGAUGAAGUGGAGAUUUGACGAGAUAUGAAAUUAUGAGUACAAAUAGCAUAAUUACUGGUAAUGUAGUAAUGGGAUAUAUAUGGUUAUGGUCGAAUAUUCAGCAAAUGUGCAUUCUGAAAGCAUGAACUAUGUGCACUACAUAUGGAUUCUUCUAUCCAUUCUUGUGUCUGUCACAUGUUCGUUUUGUUUCCUUCAACCAGAGUGGAUAAUACAUCCAAAUGUUCAGAACGCGUUUGGAAUAUAUGCCUUCUGUGUCGGUAGCGCAGGAUCUGCCCAAUUCUCACGAACCUGUGGAUUUUAUGGCGGACGUUUUGGAUUCGGAAACAUUCCAUGUACAAUUUGGCAAGCAGCGUGUUUGCUGUACGGAGGUGGAUCAUUGUUCACAUGUUUUGGAGCAUUAUGUUCCCUCACAACAAUGUGUGUACGGAAAGGCUGGAAUAAAACAUUAGUACUUUCCACAAGAUAUCUACAAAUAUCUUCAGUGUUCUUGAUGACUUCUGGCCUUCUUGUCUUUCCACUUGGAUUUGAUUCCAACUACUUCCAGUUGUACUGCGGCGCAGGCGCUGAUGUUUUCAACUCGGGAAUAUGUCACGUUGGAUGGACAUACGUUUUAGCUAUAGUGGGAGCGGCGAUUUCUAUCUUUUGCCCGAUUCUGUCGUAUUUCAGUGCUGAAGAAACAUCUGAGAACGAAGUGUUUGACUUUAAGAUAUAGUGACAUGAAAUAAAAUAUGCAUUGUAAGUUGUGACUACGCAAACCUUUGUAAUUGCCACACUUCAGAAAGACAAUUCUCAUAUCAAUCGUAUAAGAUUAACAAUGGUUUGUCUUUUCUGAGAUAAGUGUUAGCAAUAAGGGUAAUUUGAACAAGAAGUAAUGGGUAGAUGCCAUUUGAUAGCCACCUAUUCGACUGAAGCUCUGAGCUGCUUAGAAUAAAAACGCUUCAAUAUGAUUCCAUUGCAGAUUUUUGGACAGACUUAAAUCAUUCUUAUUAUCAUUUGUAAUGUAUAUUAUUUCCAAUUUACCAUUAGUAUCUGGAUUCAUAACAUUGCAAUUUUGCAUUUAUUACGACUGAAUAUAUUAAAUAUAAAUGAUUUAUUUAUGACAUACAUUGCCUGAUUUGGGACUGGUAUUCGAAUUCAAAUGGAACUUACGUAUUGCAUAUGUGAUUUCUUAACUGAUAUGCACUUGUUUUGUAUACAAAAAAAAAAGAUUUAAAUGCAA